AGUUGAUAAGAAUGCAAGCAUAGGCCGUAAGUAUUCCAAGACAAAUUUUGAGCUGGCUUUGAGUAGUUGAUUCAUCCGUCUCAAAAAAAUGGCAGUGGUCCUAGAGUUUUUUGUUAAAAUAUUCCUUAGCAAAUUAUCUGUUUUUAUCCAGGGAGAGAUAGGUAAAGUACUAGGGGUUAAAAAAGAAAUUGAGAGACUUCAUAGGAAAUUAUCAAGAAUCAGAUUCUAUAUUCAAGAUGCAGAAAGAAGAAGGCAUAGAGAUUCUGCGAUCAAUAAUUGGGUGAAGGAAUUAAAAGACGUCAUGUAUGAUGCAGAGGACAUAUUUGAUCGUUGCUUGAUCGAAAGUGGAAGAUUAUUAGAAGCUCAGCCAUCUGCUUCUUCAGGAGUACACUCUUGGUUCAGGACUUUGAACUUCCGCAGAAACAUUUGUGAUGAAAUAAGAAGAGUUAAUAAUAGACUCAACGAAAUCAAUGAUGAUAAUAAUGUUGUACGCAGAUUAGUAGAAGAUAAACACGAAGGCCGCCUAGUACAAAGGUCAUCUUCUACCUCUCCAACACAUGUGUCGACAGAUAUUGUAGGGACACAAAUUGUUGAUGCCACCCAAAACUUAAUUUCGAAGAUAGAGGAAAGCAAAAAUAAGUGCACUGUGUUGGGAAUUUCUGGGACGGGCGGAAUAGGCAAGACUACUCUAGCACAAAAAAUAUUCAACGAUGAAAUGGUGAAAAAACAAUUUCCAAACAGAGUGUGGUUACAUGUAUUCAAGGAUUACUCUGAGAUUGAGAUACUCAAACAGGUACUGAGAGGAGUGGGAGGAAAUGAUGUUGGUGUUGAAACUAAAGCAGAAGUUGAAGGCAGACUUGAUCCUCUUCUUUCAGGAAGUUUGCUUCUUGUGCUGGAUGAUAUAUGGAGUGCAAACGUGUGGAGAGAGUUGCUCAGAAAUCCCAUUUUGAAGGGUUCAUGUAGGAGUGUUAUCUUAUUUACCACUAGGCAUGAAGUUGUGGCAAGAGAAAUGAGAGCAGAUUAUGUUCACCCUGCUGAGAAAAUAGACGAAGGCAGUGGUUGGGAAUUAAUUAGAAAGAUUGUUUUUGGAGAUGGGGAGGAUGCAAUAAUUUCUGAAUUGGAAGAAGUUGGUAUGGAAAUUGUCAGAAAAUGUGAUGGUCUUCCUCUGGCAAUCAAAGUGAUGGCUGGUGUUUUAUUUCACAAGGAAAGGACUAAGACGGAGUGGAAAAAAGUUGUUGAAAGUGAUUUAUGGUUUAGGAAAGAGAUCAAACUAUCCAAUGCUUUAUACUUGAGCUAUGAGGAUUUGCCCAAUCACCUCAAACAAUGCUUUCUUAGUUGUGCUUUCUACCACGGCAUAUCACAUCGAUCUGACAUAAUCAGACUGUGGGUGGCCGAAGGGUUUGUCAUUGAAGAAUUAGAUAGUUUGAUGGAAGUUACUGCAAAAGACUACUACAAAGAACUUAUUGCAAGAAACCUUUUGCAAAUUGACCAAAGAUUUGAAGAUGGUAGACUAUUUGUUAUGCAUGAUGUUUUGCGAUCUUUUGGGGAAAAAUUGAUGGAAGAGGAAGGGAUUAUUAUUAGUGGUGAAAAUCACUGCAUGAACUUCCAGAUGGCAUCACAAGGUUGAGCAAUUUGAGGUGCCUUCGAAUUUUGAAUACUCCACUCACCCAUGUUCCAAAGGGAGUUGGGAAGUUGAAAAAUCUCAACAAUCUGGCCGGAUUUUUUGUAGGCCAUCGUGACUCCAUGAGCAUGAUGGAAGGUGGUUGUGACUUGGACGAGUUGCAAUAUUUGUGCAACCUAAAUGAUCUGGUUAUUAGUAAAUUGGAAAGGGCAAGGACGACAAACUUUGUGCUCGAGAGCAAAACAUUUCUUAGGAUACUGACUCUUGGAUGGACAAUGCACAAUAAUGAAAACAAUGAUGAGCAAAGCGGUGAGGCAGAGAGGAUAUGCAAACAACUCAGUCCUCCAGCAACCCUAGAAGUUCUCUCCAUCAACAAUUUCCCCGGUCGACAGUUUCCAGACUGGAUGGUGUCAACUUCAUUGGCUGACCUAACGUUUUUGGCUCUUGACAAAUUUCCAUCAUGUACGGCGCUGCCUCCAUUGGGCCAACUACCCAAUCUUAAAAUCCUACACAUUGAAGGAGGAGAAGCAAUCAAGAGUAUUGGGCCUGAAUUCCUAGGUUACAGAACGCCUGCAUUCCCAAAACUCGAGUAUCUUGCAUUCGAUAGCAUGCGUAAUUGGGAAGAAUGGGUAUUACGUGUGGCACAGGAUGUUGUGGCUCCUAUCGAGGAUGUUCAUGAAAGCAACCUCAAUUUGUUUCCUAAUUUGGAAAAAUGUUACUUCAUUGACUGCCCAAAGCUGAAAAAUAGCAUCCUUCCUCCAACGAGGCUUUUGCAAAUUAAUGGCUGUCCAAAUUUAAAAUAUAUGGAGAAGGUCGGCAUGCUGCAGUUGCGAAAAUUCGAAGUUGUUCUCCCCUCUGAAAUAAAACAGCUUCCACAGUGGAUAUCAAGCCUGAUUAAUAUGACUCUGCAAAGUUUGCAACUAUUUAACAUGCAAUGCAAUUCACUUGUACUAGAUAGUUGCCGUAAAGGGAAGCAAAAUUGGCACAUCAUUCAACACAUUCCAAAAGUUAUUAUUCAUAGCAGCGGUCUUGAAACACGCUUAUUGCGGAGUAAGGACGGAUACCAAUACCAAAUAAAAGAUGAGCUUGGAAGUAGUUUCAUCACCCCUUGAUCAAUAAAGUUUCCAUGGCUAAUUGUUUCCUUCGCGUUAUGAUGAAGGUCAUUUGUUGGAAUUGGUGACCAAGGCGGAUAUUUCCACAAGAUCCCAUUAGUGUUUGGUGGGGUACUACGUCUAUCUAUAUAUAAUUUAUCCUCAGAGUCCAGUGUUAAUUUGCAAGCUUGCAUCCUAUUGUCUUUUAUUUGUCUAAAGCGAUUCUUUUGAAGAAACAGAUUAUUGCGUUUGUAUUAAGAAUAAAUGCUUUGGAUUGUGUAUUGUAACAUGUGAGCUACUUAUUUGUGUUUA